AUGCUAUCACACGCCGAGCUUCUGGAUGCUCGCCUCGGGAUGAAAGAUGCCGCUGCAGAGCUUCUGGGACACAGGGAACCACUUAAAUGUAUUUUGGGGGCAGGUGGACCGGAUCCCGGGCAUCCUGGUGAUCUAGCCGCCGGUCCCGACGUUGUUGAAGGGGCGACUCUUCUUCCCGGAGACGAUAUCAGCACCACUGGAUCAAACACAUCUAGUAUGCAGGUUAAUUCAAAAGACCAGGAGAAACAACAACAACAUCAGAACCCAAACCAGUCUGGUGGACAACCGAACCAGCAAAAACAAAAGAGGCACCGGACCCGAUUCACUCCGGCCCAAUUAAACGAACUGGAGAGAAGCUUCGCGAAGACCCAUUACCCAGAUAUUUUCAUGAGAGAAGAGUUGGCGCUAAGAAUCGGUCUGACGGAGUCACGUGUGCAGGUCUGGUUUCAGAAUAGACGUGCCAAGUGGAAGAAACGCAAGAAGACCACUAACGUUUUCCGUGCCCCCGGCACGUUGCUUCCCACUCACGGCCUGCCGCAGUUCCCUUCUGCAGCGGCUGCCGCGGCGGCUGCCAUGGGCGAUAGUCUGUGCUCAUUUCACGCCAACGAUACGCGCUGGGCCACGGCCGGGAUGCCCGGUGUUUCUCAGCUGCAGCUGCCACCUGCGCUGGGCAGGCAGCAAGCGAUGGCCCAGUCCCUGUCCCAGUGUAGCCUCGGACCUGGGCCUUCUCCCAACAGCAUGGGUUUGUCCAACAGCCUGGCGUCUAAUGGAACCAGUCUACAGUCUCACCUCUAUCAACCCACGUUUCCUGGUAUGGUACCGGGAUCCCUAACCGGGCCAAAUAAUGUAAACGGCUCAUCCCAGCUUUGCAGCUCUCCGGACAAUGACGUCUGGAGGGGAACCAGCAUCGCCUCCCUUCGCCGCAAAGCACUUGAACACACAGUCUCUAUGAGUUUCACUUAAUUCUAACCACUAGAGUGGCCAUAUUUACUUAUUUAGCCAUGUAUUUAAUUGGAUAUUUAUUUAUUUAGUUUUUUAUUUACGUCUUUUCUUUAAACCCCUGUUAUCUCGUAAAGUGAAGUACCUCGUAGAUGCUUACAGUUAUCAUUGGUUAUAUAUUGAGAGAAUUAAAAUAAAAGGUACAUUUCUUAAAAAUGGAGCUAUAAAAUGUUAACAGUCAAACAGUGUGGAAACUGGAAAAAUUCCAUAUUAAUUUAACUUCUGUAUUUUAAUUAAAUACAUUUGUUUUGCUAUCGUCAUUUAAUUUAAUAUUUAUGGUUGCAUUUCUUUAUUUAUUAAAUCGGACCCUAUUCCACAUAAACCAUGUCAUGUGUCUAUUGUAGCUCAGAAUGUUAUCCAAGUACUAAACAAAAGAAUAAUUAUCUUUCCCUUGUCAGAUGUAAUUUUCAUUGAAUCAUGGCCUUAAUUUAUGAAUUAUGUUAUUAAUAUUUUAUUGACAUGUUUAGGCGAUGUUCAGUACGUUAUCGCAGUAUGUAUAUGUCACCUGUGCUCCGUGCAUUUGCAGCUAAAGGCAUAUAAGCAGUUGGUACUUAUAACACUGGAAAUGGUAGACUACAGUUAGAAAAGAAACAGCCCACUUUAAUACUGCAUAAAGUAAUGAAAAAACAGGGACGUGCAUAAGUUCAUUUUAUAAUUACUUAUCAGUGGGAUAAGUUUGCACUUGCUGGCCAAAAACAAAAAUUAGAUAUAUUAAUACAAAUACAAUGAGAAUAUAAGCCCUGGGGAAGGAGUUAUUUUUUCGGCUUUUUGUGUAGAUGAAGUGUCCCCUUUACCUUCUGCUCGAUUUGUGAUCUGUUUAAGGUCUGUUUGUGCUUUGUUAUUGAUACCGGGUUUCUAAGAUGUUCAGUCUAACA